CAAAAAGAGAGAAUUUAUUGGUUGAAUUUACUUACCUGAUCUAUGGGUCAGUGAUUCUCAACUGAGGCAAACAUUCUCAUUAUAUAUGCAGUACAGGGGUUGGUAUAAAGCUAAGGGCAGAAUCAGAAAUGUUAAAAAAGAAUACAAUAGAAAGCCUGGAAAAGUAGAAGCAUUGCAAGGCAUAUUUUUUGACAUAUACAAAGGACAGAUCACUGAAAUACUUGGGCAUAAAGGAGCUGGUAAAUCAACACUGCUAAACAUUCUUAGUGGAUUGUCUGUUUCUACAGAAGGAUCAGCCACUAUUUAUAAUACUCAACUCUCUGAAAUAACUGACAUGGAAGAAAUUAGAAAGAACAUUGGAUUUUGUCCACAGUUUAAUUUUCAAUUGGACUUCCUCACUGUGAGAGAAAACCUCAGGGUAUUUGCGAAAAUAAAAGGAAUUCAGCCAAAGGAAGUGGAACAAGAAGUAAAAAAAAUUAUAAUGGAAUUAGACAUGCAAAGCAUUCAAGACACUAUCACUAAAAAAAUAAGUGGUGGUGAGCAGAAGAGAAAACUAACAGGGAUUGCCAUCUUAGGAGAUCCUCAGGUUUUGCUACUGGAUGAACCAACUGCUUUAUUGGAUCUCUUUUCAAGGCACUGAGUGUGGAGCCUCCUGAAGGAGCAUAAAGUAGACCGAGUUAUCCUCUUCAGUACCCAAUUCAUGGAUGAGGCUGACAUCUUGGCUGGUGAUUCUUGGCUUCUUUAUUCCAACUAUGGAAUUCUGAUCUCCCAGUUACUUCUUAGACCCAUGCUUUUUCCCAGUAGUAUUCUUGUGGCAGUGACUGAGCCUCAGGAGACCAAAUCCAAAUACAGAAGCCCAUUUCAAGCCUCCACAUGCCAUUGGCUACAGCAAGUCAUAUGGGGCGUAACCCUGCAAAGUUACAAAGCAAAGUAUGUGAACAAAGGAAGAGAUUUUGACAUUGGAAAACAAGAGAAAACAUAUGUGACAAGAAAUACUGGAAAUGAGUCUGAAAUGGAACAGGUUUUCUGUUCUCUUCCUGAAAUGAGAAAGGCUGUCAGUGAUGCAGCUCUCUGGAGACAACAAAUCUAUGCAGUGGCAAUACUUCACUUCUUAAAGUUAAGGUGUGAAAGGAGAGCUCUUUUGUGUUUGUUACUAGUACUUGGAGUUGCUUUUAUCUCCAUCAUUCUGGAGAAGAUAAUAUAUAAAGUAACUCGUGAAACUCAUUGUUGGUAGUUUUCACCCAGUAUGUAUUUCCUUUCUCUGGAACAAAUCCCGAAGAUUCCUCUUACAAUCCUAUUAAUCAUUAAUAAUACAGGAUCAAAUAUUGAAGACCUUGUGCAUUCACUGAAGCAUCAGGAAGUUUUGGAAAUAGAUGACUUUAGAAACAGAAAUGGCUCAGACGAUCCCUCCUGCAAUGGAGCCAUCAUAGUGUCUGGCGACCAGAAGGAUUGCAGGUUUUCAGUUGCAUGUAAUACCAAGAAAUAUAAUUGUUUUCCUGUUCUUAUGGGAAUCAUUAGCAAUGCCCUUAUUGGAAUUUUUAACUUCACAGAGCUUAUUCAAAUGGAGAGCAGCUCAUUUUCUCGUGUGGUAUGCAUAAUUGGUUGUGCAGCCUCUCUUAUAUUCCUCACGUACAUAUUUUCAUUCAUCUUUUGGAAGUGGAAAAAAAGUAAUGGCUUUUGGUCUUUUGGCUUUUUUCUUAUAUUAAUAUGUAUAUCCACAAUUCUGGUGUCAACUCAACGUGAAAAACCCAAUUUAAUUUUGUGCAUGAUUUUAAUGCCUUCCUUCGCUUUGCUUGGAUAUGUCACGUUAUUGAUCCAGGUAAGCAAUGUUACCUACUGUGUCCUUCUUAUCAUAAGGUGUCUGGAAAUGAAGUAUGGAAAUGAAAUAAUGAGUAAAGACCCAGUUUUCAGAAUCUCUCCACAAAGUAGAGAAAUUCAUCCCAAUCCAGAAGAGCACUAAGAAGAAGAUGAAAAUUUUCAAGCUGAAAGAGUCAAAGCAGCAAAUGUACUCACUACUCCAAACUUGGAGGAUAAACCAGCCAUAACUGCAAGCUGUUUACACAAGGAAUGUUAUGAAACAAAGAAAAGUUGCUUUUCAGCAGGAAAGAAGAAAAUAGCCAUCAGAAAUGUUUCCUUUUGUGUUAAAAAAGGUGAAAUUUUAGGAUAACUAGGCCACAAUGGAGCUGGUAAAAGUAGUUCCAUUAAAAUGAUCACUGGGUGCACAACAAAGCCAACUGCAGGAGUGGUGGUGUUACAAGGGAGCAGAGCGCCAGUAAUGCAACAGUGUGACAACAGCCUCAAGUUCUUGGGGUACUGCCCUCAGGAGAACUCACUGUGGCCUGAGCUUACAAUGAAAGAGCACCUGGAGUUGAAUGCAGCUGUGAAAGGACUAGGCAAAAAAGAUGCCUCUCUUGGUAUUCCAUGAUUGGUGGAAGCUCUCAAUCUCCAGGAGCAACUUAAGGCUCCCGUGAAAACUCUAUCAGAGGGAAUAAAGAGAAAGUUAUAGACCAGGCUCGGGCUGUGCUUCAUGCUGAGCAUCCUGAAGAACCCAUCAGUGGUACUUCUAGAUGAGCCAUUCACCGGGAUGGACCCCGAGGGGCAGCAGCAAAUGUGGCAGACACUUCGGGCUACUGUUAUAACCAAGGAGUGGGGUGCCCUCUUGACCACCCAUUACAUGUCAGAGGCUAAGGCUGUGUGUGGCCAUGUGGCCACGAUGGUGUCAGGAACGCUAAGGUGUAUUGGUUGCAUUCAACAUCUGAAAAACAAGUUUGGUAAAGAUUAUUUGCUAGAAAUAAAAAUGAAAGAACCUACUCAGGUGGAACCUCUCCACACAGAGAUUUUAUUUUUCCCACAGGCUGCUGGGCAGGAAAGAUAUUCCUCCUUAAUGGCUAAGUUACCUGUGGAGGAUGUCCACCCUCUAUCUUGGGCCUUUUUCAAAUUAGAGCCAGGUAAAAACACCUUCAACCUGGAGGAAUACAGCUUCUCUCAAGCUACUUUGGAGCAGGUAUUCUUAGAACUCUGUAAAGAGCAGGAGCUGGGAAAUAUUGAUGACAAAAUUGAUGCAGCAGUUCGACGGAAACUUCUCCUAUAGGAAGACCCUUAAAAUGAAGAACCUCCUAACAUUCCAUUUUAGGUCGUACUACAUUGUUAGCUUCCAUAAUUCUACAAGAAUGCUUCCUUUUACUUCAGUUAACAAAAGAAAACAUUCAAUAGUUGACAGGAGGACCACUGCCACAGAACCAUCCUAAAGUGAGAAGCAGCAGUAAGAAGAUAGACCUAGCGGAAGCAGAGCUGACAUGCAGUUGCUGACUUUCACAUGCUUCCAACAAGCAGCGUUUGCAGCAGAGCAAUAUGAAACAUUGGUUGAAUGAAUACAGAAGCAAAUGCUUCAGAAAAUGCAGAAUUGUGUUGGAUUGGGUAAAAAACUACCAAUGGUUGCAAAUAAAAUGAAUGUACAUUUAUUGCCCAUAACUUCUCAGUGUCUCAAUCCAUUUAAUUUUUUUUUGUGGCAAACUUAUAGAACAAAAUUUGCUUGAAAUAAAUCAGAUGCAGAGGGAAAAUAUUGUAUGCUUACACUCAUAUGGAGCAUCUAUUACUAAAUUAGGCACAUUCACUGAGACAGAAAGAAAUUAAAGAUUACUAGCAGCUUGGGGAAGGAGAUAGUGGGAGUUAUAACUUAGUGGUUACAAAAUUCCUCUCUGGGUUUAUAAAAAAUUUGAGAACUAGACAUUGGUGCUGGUUGCACAAUUUUAUGAAUGCAAUUAGUGUCACUGAAUUCUACACUUAAAAAUUGUCAAA